AGAGAGAGAGAGAGAGAGAGUUGGACUCCUGCGCUCCGCUCCAUCGAUCCGCAGAGGCCAGCACAGCUUCUACGGGACGUUGGACACAUUUUCGGGAUCUUUCUCCUUAGUUUCCGGGGGUAAUGCUCCGAGCUGAUCCGCUCUUUGGAACAUGCUAUCGGGAAAUUUGGUAGCGGUUCUGUUCUGUCUGUGGACAACUGAUGUCAGCAGAGCUUAUGUUUUUCAAGCCAGUAGCCCGGCAGAGGGAGGAGACAACCCAGCACUUCACACUAAAGUUGUCUCAGAGUGGGUCAGCUCAGCGGGCUCCUGCAAGGGGAGGUGCUUUGAGCUGGAGGAGGCCAAACCUCCGGGAUGCAGAUGUGACAAUCUGUGUAAAACCUACUACAGCUGCUGCUCCGACUUUGAGGAGCAAUGUCUGAAAACAGCGGGAGGCUUCGAGUGCACGCAGGACCGCUGUGGGGAGGAGAGGAAUGACGAGCACGCCUGCCACUGCUCAGCAGACUGCCUGGAGCGAGGGGACUGCUGCUCCAACUACAAGUCGCUCUGCGAAGGUGAGGCCUCGUGGGUCCAUGGAGACUGUGAGGAGAUCGAGAGAGCCGAAUGUCCCACAGGCUUCAUCCGUCCUCCACUCAUCAUGCUGUCUGUGGACGGGUUCAGAGCCUCCUACCUGAAGAAGGGCAAAUCUGUCAUCCCUAACAUGCACAAACUGAGACAGUGUGGAACGUCAGCCCCCUACAUGCGACCAGUCUACCCGUCAAAGACCUUCCCAAAUUUAUACUCACUAGUCACGGGUCUUUACCCAGAGUCCCAUGGGAUCGUGGGGAACACCAUGUACGACCCCGUGUUCAAUGCUACCUUCAGCCUGCGCACCAGGGAGAAGUUGAACCACCGCUGGUGGGGCGGACAGCCGAUCUGGAUCACAGCAGAGGAACAAGGAGUGAAAGCAGCCUCCUUCUUCUGGCCUUGGGUGAUUCCUCUGGAGAGAAGGAUUCUAACCAUCCUCCACUGGCUGCAUCUGCCCGAUGAUGAAAGGCCGUAUGUUUUUGCCGUCCACUCGGAGCAGCCGGAUACCUUCGGACAUCGUCUGGGACCGCUCAGCAGUGAGCUGGAUAACCCUCUGAGGGAGAUCGAUAACAUCAUUGGUCAGCUGAUGAACGGUCUAAAGCAGAUGAACCUGCAUCGCUGUGUCAACAUCAUCAUUGUGGGAGACCACGGUAUGGAGGAGGCCCACUGCGAUCGGACAGAGUUUCUCAGCAGCUACCCGCUCAACAUAGAGGAGAUUACGCUGAUCCCCGGCUCGCUGGGCAGGGUGCGACCCCGCGACCCCAAAUCCACCACCUAUGACCCGAAGGUUGUGGUCGCAAACCUCACGUGUAAAAUGCCGACUCAGCACUUCAAGCCGUACCUGAAGCAGCAUCUACCAAAGAGGCUUCACUACGCCAACCACCGCAGGAUCGAGGACGUCCACCUGCUGAUGGAGAGGAAGUGGCACAUCGCCAGGAAAAUGCCAGAGAGCCGGAGGAGUCGAUGCGGUUUCUUUGGUGACCACGGCUUUGACAACAAGAUCACCAGCAUGAGGACCAUUUUCAUGGGUCACGGGCCGAGCUUCAAGUUCCAGAAACAAGUGCCGGAGUUUGAUAACAUAGAAUUAUACAACGUGAUGUGUGACCUGCUGGGUCUGAAGCCGGCCCCGAACAACGGGACUUACGGCAGCUUGAACGCCAUGCUGAAGGAUCCCCCGCACCGACCCAGCAUCCUGGAGGAAGUGACAUCCCCGUCACCGCCGACGGACCCCGCCUCCGCCGUGAGCCACGACCUGGGCUGUAGCUGUGACGAUGAGAACAAAGUGGAGGAGAACAUCAAAGCCUUCAGUCCUGCUUCUGAUGGAGUCUACAGUUACAACAGCACCCUCCUCCCAUUCGGUCGUCCUGCCGUGAUGUUCGACACUCAGUACAGUUUGCUUCACCACGUGGAGUUCGUCAGUGGCUUCAGCAGAGAGCUGGCCAUGCCGCUGUGGACGGCCUUCACGCUCCCUCGACAGGAGGACAUGACUCCCGUCCAGGAGGCGUCCGCCGGCGACCAGUGCGUCCGAGCGGACUCGCGCGAGUCAGCUGAUCACAGUCAAAGCUGCAGCAGCUACAGCCAGAACGAGCUGCUGAGCCCCGGCUUCCUGUUCCCCCCCGAGCUGGCCUCGUCUCCAGAGUCCAGAUACGACGCCUCGCUCAUCACCAACGUCGUCCCCAUGUACCCGGCCUUCAAGAGGCUGUGGAGCUUCCUGCAGGGGACGCUGCUGAGGCGCUACGCCGACCAGCACAACGGCGUGAACGUGCUGGUCGGGCCCGUCUUCGAUUCCAACUACGACGGCCUCCGAGACUCCAGAGAGACGAUAAGAGAGGUCUCGGCCGACGGCCCCCCCGUCCCCACCCACUUCUACACAGUGGUGACCAGCUGCCAAGAGAUGAACCAGACGGUGGAGGAAUGUGACGGAGAACUCCAGGCCGUCUCCUUCCUGCUGGCUCACCGACCCGACAACUCGGAGUCCUGCAAUAGUGGAGAGGACGAGUCUCUGUGGGUGGAGGACCUGCUGAAGCUUCACACGGCUCGAGUCCGAGACGUGGAGAUCCUGACGGGCCUGGACCUCUUCCGGUCCACCAACCUGACCUUCAGCAGCAUGCUGAGCCUCAAGACCUACCUGCACACCUUCGAGAGUGACGACUAGAAACGCACGCACACACACACACACGCACACACACACAGCUGCAGCUACACCGCACACAUGGUUCCACUCCUGGAACUGACUCAGAAAUGCUUGGAAAAAGGAUCAUCAGUUCUAUCAAAUGAAGUGUUUAGUAGUUUGGAAGAUUACGAGAGGAAUAUUCAGUUCUACCACAAACGAGAGAAGGUAAAACAUCUGGCACAAGAAUGAUGCAGGAAGCCGUCGCACAUUUCAUAACAAACCGUGUAGUGCAUCAUCAUGAACACAUGGACGACCAAUUAUACUCCCACAACCCUCCCAUCUUACUCAUAAAACACUCUCUAAUCUUGCAUUGUCAGUUAUUCUUCUGUCACAGUUCUAAUAUCGUUGUGAGGACUUCUCUUAGCAAACUGCACAUAAACUACACACUUAAUAUUUCAGAAAUAGAAAAAGGCAAAAACAUGCAACAUCGCUGCAAAGUUUUGCAAAGGAAUGGUUUGACAUUUUUGGAAAUGCAUUAUUGAGCUCAGACCCUGCAGCUUAGCAUAGCUUAGCUUAGCAUUAGUCUCUGUCUAAAGGCAGACCCAGCAGCGCCUUUAAAGUUCACUGAUGAGCACAGUACGUUGUGUUAUUACCAAUUGUCCAACCCUUCCUUUCCUUUCGAUCAACAUAAAGUAAGAAAAGACACCUGAGCCAAGCUUUAGAUCUGCUUCAUCUGUUUAAUAACGAUUCAUGUCAGAAGUACUAAAGAUUGUUUGCAUACACACAUGUAACACACAACUGUGUACAACAAAUCUCACUUAGGUUUUGAGUUCUGGAUUUAGACCAUUUUAUUGGUGUAUAACAAACAAAAUCAGGGCCUCAUCCUUUUUGUCUCAGCUGAUCGUUUAGGUGUAUAUUUUCAUACAGCUUGUCAUAUUUAUUACGUGGCAUCAUAAUAACCAUAAUAACCAUAGCAUCUGUUGUUCCAGUAUUAAUCCAGUGUAACAGAUCUGAGCCCCUUCAGGGAGGUGAUAAAGCUGAUUCUCCUUGAAAGGGAAGAUCUCUUUUUUUUCUUUUCACCUGGAGCUAACUUUCAUACCUUUUAGUCUACACGCAGAUUCAAAACUGCAAAUAAGGCCCGGGGUGUAAGCACGACACUCAUCAUCACACCUCCUGCAUUCACAGAAACGCAGAUUAGACCUUAACGUUGGUCACUGAUGAGUUAACACAGUUAUCAAGGUUAUCAAUAGAGAAAAAUCCAUCAAAUGACUGGAGAGCGUAGACGAAGCCAUGUUUAUUCCUGUGGUCUUUCAAAUAAAAUGAGAAUUGGUUAAAAGCC